UCAACAUUGAAAGGGGUGGGGGUUGCAUAGAAACAGGCGCGAGAGUAUUAGUAUAUACACGAAGUGAAGGAGGAACAAGACCACAUCUCAGACGAUUUUUGAGACGAUAUAUUUUUAUGACGAUCGUCAUAAAACUUCGCGACGAUUCAGAGAGAAGUGGAAAUGUACUAGCAGCAAGAAAAAAGCGCGGAAUCUUAUUGGUUAAAAAUUUGGCGCGGAUCGUUUGGCGACCGACGAAAAGUAUAAGCGCUAGACGAUCGCUCUUCGAACAUUUUUUCGAUUGUGUAUGUGUCGUCGCCAACUGUUUUGACGAUCGUCUCAAAAAUCGUCCAGGGGAGAUCCGCCUUUAUAGCCAGUACACUACAGUCAUAUUGGGAGUCUAG